AUGGAGGUCCCUGAAGUGCCCCUGAUUCCUCUUGCCAUGUCAGACCCAGCACAGUAUAUACACAGAGCUCUGACUCCCUGUCAGCAUCUGCAAGAGCCACCUGCAACUUUGGCAGCCCCGGAGUCCAAGCAGGCUACAGCACCAGUUAUCGGGGUUGCCGAGGGGCACCGGCAACCGCCUCUCUCAGUGAAGCAACUGGCCUCAGCCCUGGAGCAGCAGUUCCUGCUCACUGAAUCCCCAAAGGAUGGCUUCCUCUCCCCUGUCAUUCCAGUGUUUCUAAUUUUUGCGCGGUUUCCGACACUUGUGCAGCUGGAGCAGCGAGACGGGACGCUAUUCACGGUGUUCGGUAACCUCAGCAAGCGGCCCUACUGGUUCCACUCCCAGUAUCUGAAGAGUCGGAAGGCAGUUCACCUCCAGGCAUGGCUGGUGGAAGAGAUCUUCAGCCGAGAGCACAUCCCAAAUGUCGAGUGUGUGUUGCAGACCCUACUUCAUGUUAAUCAGUGGGAACCCGAGGGCGAAGCUGAGAUAUUGAUAUUUGGUCGGCCUUAUUACCAGGAAGAUGUAGCCAAGAUGAUCAUGAAUUUGGCUGACUAUCACUGCCAACUCUGGGCACAAAGCUCAGAGGAGGUCCCUGCCCAGGACACAUCCACCCAGCCAUCCCCAAGGCUGCCCAAGAGUCCGUGA